UCAGUGUGUGAUUAGCCCUAGACAAUAUAGUAAUCAGAAUGACACUUAAUAUAUUUCUAGUUAUAUCUUUAAUUUGUUUAUCUCUUUAUUUGUUUGGUCUUAAAAAUUUUUUACUAAGUCAUGAAGAAAAUGCUUGCAAAAUGACAUAUAUGUAUGAAUUUCCACAAUUUAUUAAAAUAAACGUAUCUAAUGCUCAAAAAUAUGAAAAAUAUAAUUUAUAUGCGUAUUCUGAGGGCAGACUUACAGGAAAAGCACGAAAUAUGCAUUUUGAUGGAAUACCAGUUUUAUUUAUACCAGGAAAUGCAGGAUCCUACAAGCAAGUUCGCUCGCUUGCUUCUGUAAGCUUGAGAAAGUAUUUAAACUCCAAAUCCAGAUUUCAUUUUGAUUAUUUUUGUGUUGAUUUAAAUGAGGAAUAUUCUGGAUUAUUUGGUGGAGUUUUAGAGGCACAAUCACUAUUUGUAAAUCAUUCUAUUCACACAAUUUUAAAUCUAUAUGACAAAAAUACUGCGCAUCCUAAAAGUAUUGUUUUAAUAGGACAUUCAAUAGGAGGAUUGAUUGCUCAACACGUGGUCACAAUAGAUGAAAAUUCCCAAAGGGUUAAUACAAUUAUUACAUUGGCAACUCCGAAUAAGAAACCUGUUGCAGCAUUAGAUCAAUUAAUUCCUACAUUCUAUACUGAAACAUUCAAAUAUUGGACUGAAAAUUUUCAAAUCAUGAACAUGACUAAUAAAUCGAAUAAAGCAGGAUUCAAAGACAUCAAUAAGGAAAAUUCAAAAUUUUCUGAUAUUUUAUUUAUUUCAAUUGGUGGUGGCAGUAGAGAUAUUUUAGUUCCUUCUGGUUUGACUUCGUCUAAAUUUGGACAUAUUAAUACAUUGACAACUGCCAUACCCAUGGUUUGGGCAUCAACUGAUCAUCAAUGCAUUGUAUGGUGUUUACAACUAGUAUUGGUUUUGAAUAGGGUACUUUUCCAAUCAGUAGAUAGUAAAUCUAAACAAAUUUCUACAAAUCUGGAAGAAAGAUACAACACGGCUUUGAGAUUGUUAACAAUAAAUACUGCACUCCCACAUUCAAAAAUUGUGCAUUUUAGAAAAAAUAGCAAAUGGUAUGAAGAUAAUAGAAGAUUAUUUUCCGUGCGAUUUUUGAAUGGAUUAAAUCGAACAAGAUAUCAAAUGAUAAGAUUGACUGAUGAUCAAUUACAUGAAAUGAUAGCCGUUGAAUCUAUAAAUCUUGAUGAUGAAGACUGGAUUUUUGGUUGUGCAGCUGAUCAAAUUGAUAUUAAAUUACAAUCUAGAAUUUGUGAUCACGGUUUUUCCCUAUCGAAUUACACUAGACCGCAUCCAUCAAUUAACAAGGAGCGACGAAUUGCUUAUCUUGAUUUGCAUAAGAUAAAACGUCAAAAUCCUCAUUGGACACAUGUCUUAUUUCAAAUAUCACCAACACGAGAAUCAGUGCAAUUGCAUUUUGACAUCUACAACAGAAACCAGCGCAUAAUGAAGACCAAUGCACCAAAAAUCUAUUCCUUCUCUAAAGUGGAGGUUGUGAAAGAAACUGUAUUGAAUGCCAUACAUUAUGAUCUUGUAAUACAAGGUUUCGAUAGAUUAUACCAAGCUUUGCAUCUUUCUAUAGAUCCUAAACAAUGCUCUGAAAAAUCUUAUCACACAGUUGCUACUUCUUAUGUACCUUGGGCAUCUGGACAUUCCAAUGUUCACUAUUUCACUGAAGCACAAAGACCUCCUAUGUCUUUGAAAUUGCAUCAAAGUCAGCAGGAUGGUAAGUCAUCUAAAAAUGUGACGGUAAGGUUUGUUCUGGACCCUAACUGUAAAUAUUCUAUCAGUUUAGAGAGUUCUUUUGUUGAUACUCUUGGUCAAAUAUCACGCCAUUAUUCGCUGGGUUUGCUACCAUAUUGUGCGUCUGUCCUAAUUCUUGCCUUACGUCAACAAAUUCUUCAAAUGCAAGAUGAAGGAAAAUGUUCAAAUUUAUUGUCUGCUAUGACAUCUGGGGCAAAACCUUAUUACGUUGUCACAUUAGCAAGACUUGCCCAAAAGUUUCUUAGUUUCGAAUCUUCAACACCAAUGCUGUUACCUCUGCUGUCCUUUGCAGUAGCAUGGGGAAUUAUUUGCAUAAUUGGUCUGAUUGUUUAUGCAGGAAUUGCUGUUGCUGGUAAAUUAGCCCACACAGUUAUGCUUAGAAUAAUAUCAUUUGGAGCAUCUGGUUUUGCUGCAAAAGCAUUCGAAAGACUACCACUAGCAGUUGGGGUCUUAGCUGUAGCCAUGGGAUCAGCCACCUGCGGUUGUGUUUCUUUAAUGAUUGCAGUUGUAUUUUAUUCUAUAUUGCUAAGUAAAAUGUAUGAAGACUAUGUUGACACUAUUGUAUUUAAAACAAUUCGAAAAGUUGCAAGAAAAUUAAUUGGUGGAUCUCAUAAUAAAACAACUGAUGAUAUAAAAAAAACUACUCAAAAUGUUAGUGAUCAUGAAAUGACAACAAAUGAUAAUGUACAUAAUAAGCCAUUGAACGAUAAAAAUGAAAAACGUGAUUCUGAAAAACGAGUUUUGCAAACAGAAAAUAAGGGCAUUGACAUUACUGAAGGCCAAACUAAGGAUACAUUAGAAACAUCAUUUGAUAAAGGAACAUCUAGUAAUGAAGUGCAUUGCUUUGAUGAUAGCAAUAGCAACGAAAAAACGAGUAGUCAUGAAAAAGCUCAAAAUUCUGUAUUGGAGUCACAUAAUGAAGCAUCUGAUUUAAAAAAUAAACCCCAAGAAAAUUCUUUGUUUAAGAAAUAUAUAAUUGACAAAUUAUUAAACAAAGCCGUAGAUGUUAUUCUACCUGAGAGUGAUAUCACCUUAAGUGAAAUACAUUUUCAUUUAACUAUUUUUUUGAUAUUAUCUUUUGUAACAUUGCUUAAUUUUCCAACUCUGCUGACAUGGUCACAUAAUUUUAAGUAUAAUCCCUAUUUGGAAAUAGAUCCAGCUUUUUGGAUUUCAAUAAGUUUAACUAUUUGUAUAUCUAUUAUUUGGCAAAUCAAUGCACCAAAGACUGAUUUAUUAUUUUCAAGGGAAAUAGGAUAUUUACUGUACGCUUUCUCUGUUGCUUGCUUGAUAUUUUCUAAUACUGCUCUCUACACUUUGAAUUAUUUAUUAAUAAGUGCAUUGAUUCUAGUUACAAUGCACCAAUGCAUGCCAUAUUUUGGUUUUAAGAAGAAUCAAUCACCGACUUUAGAUAAUUCUGCUACAUCACAAGCAAAUAAUGACAAAUUAUCAGAAGAUGUUGAAGAUAAAAUACUCAUUAAUAAAGUGAAAGUUAUUAAGACUAAAUUACAGGAAGAUUAAUCUAAUUUCACAAU